AUGGCCUCCAAGACCACCACGGCCUUUGCCCUCCUCUCCCUCGGGCCAGCCCUUGCCCUGGCCCAGGGAAAGCGCGGCCUCGCCUACAACGACGCCGCCCUCGCAAACCUCUUCAAUGGCCACGACCAAGUCACCUGGGGCUACAAUUGGGCCAUCCAUCGCAACGGGCUCGACAACUCCCACGAGUUCUCGCCUAUGCUCUGGGGCCUCCCUUCCUCGCUAAGCCCCGAAUGGACCGCGGCCGUCCAGACCGCCGGCGUCGAAAACAUCCUCUCCUUCAACGAGCCCGACCUCGGCUCCCAGGCCAACAUCUCCCCCUCGGAUGCUGCGGCCGGCCACCUGGCGUACCUUGAGCCGUUCGCUGGCCAGGUGCGCAUCUCGACCCCCGCCGUGACCAACGGCCCGCCCCCCAACAUGGGCACCGGCUGGAUGGACCAAUUCUUCCAGCACUGCAACACCUGUACUAUCGAUUUUGUAGCAAUCCAUUGGUACGCGAACAACGAUCCCGAGGGAUUCAAAUCGCACGUGCAGCAGUUUUACGACAAGUACCACCGUCCGAUCUGGAUCACCGAGUUCGCGGCGAGUGGGUCCGAGGAGGAGCAGAUUUCGUUCCUGCAGGAUGUUCUGCCGUGGCUUGAUGCGCAGGAUUAUGUGGAGCGAUAUGCGUACUUUGGUGUGUUUCCUGGGUUCCUCAUCAAUGAGGCUGGGAAUGGGCUUUCGGCGCUCGGGGAGGUCUAUGCUACGUAUAGUGGAUAG